AGAAUAUUACACAAGAGAUUCAAACUUCAAUUAAUUUUACAUAAAGUUAUGAUUUAAAUCUAUUUACUCAACCAACAUAAUAGCAGUUACAAUAAGUACAACAACAACAACAACAACAACAACAACAACAACAGAAAUAAAAGCAACAACUAACAAGUACGAUAGAGAGAAAAAAGUAUCCUUAUAUUGGUUUACAUAGGAUCCUUUGGUACUACUGACAAAAUGGCUUUUCAACGCAGUUAUAGCAAAGUAUGGUGGGGUUCAGAUAAUCAGUUGCCAGGGAUGUCAUCAACUGCCGGGAGCAGUUUCACAAGUGGUGGUUACUAUUCAUACUUUAGUCAACAGCAUCAACAGCAGCAGCAGCAACAGCAGCAGCACCAUCAACAAUUCAGUAGUGGCAACAGUGGUUAUCACUCGUUAGACUUUAACAACUUUAAAUCGUAUCCGGGAAAUUUGUCGUGCAUACAAGAAGUAGACGAUGAGCAAAAUAUUUCGAAAUUAUCGUGGGAAAAACGCGAUAGUCCUGGCAGUUUAAGAAGUCAAGAUUCCGGUUUUUCUGAUAACGAUGAAUCACACAGCACACGCAGUCUAAGCGGUCGUUCAACACAGUUGGGUUCACCAAGCGCUAAGUCGGAUGUUAGCGCACAAAGCAUUGGUUCACCAACUUCGACACAUACCAUCGCUACACCGCCAACAGUUAUCAGACGCGUCGGCAAUUCUGCCUUUUUUUCACCUCUAGUGAGUGUAUCACGUCGUAUAUCAUUUUCCGGUUCUCCCGUUUCCAAUGCUAGCAGUAACAAAGUAGUACGGGAUGUAGCUGAUAAAGAAGGUGCCGAUUUGUUGGCACAAUUAGAUGAAAUGCAACUAGUUAAUAGUACACCAAAGAAACUGGAUUUUGAGGACGACAAUUUGCGCUGCUUAACGCCUACAGGCAGUGGCGAUAAACGCGAAUACGAUACCGAAACUGGUAGUAGUGGUAGUACAAAGCAUAAGCGGCGCAAACGUGUUUCACGCAAACCAACAAAACCACUCACGGCCACCAGGCGGCGAACUUUACUACAAGAUAAUAAUGAAACGGAUGAAGCUAGCGAUGCUAGUAGUUUCGAAGAGAUUGAUAAAGAUGAACUUAAGGACGCUACUUUACCAGCAUAUAACAAUGAAACAGUGUAUUUGGGAGCAGUACCGCCAAAACCAUACAAUAAUGAGACAGUGAUUUUAGGCGGCAAUUUAAUGGAAAAUACCAACGACAAUACAUUUACUAUCGAGGCAGCAGCACUUUCUCCCAUAAAAGGUGCUGUGAGCGAACAAUACACAGCCAAUACGAGUACACCUAAAGCGGUAAAGCAGCAUAAGAAAUCUCGUGUACCACAGUAUGAUUUCAUAAUGCCGGUGCAUGAGUAUGAAAAUCCACUACUGAAUGGGCAUCCACCUGCAUUGCAAAGUUGGCUUGGUGAUCUACGCAUGUCUUACGAACACGAGGUCAUGUCAACGCUGCAGACUAAAUCUAUUGUACAGGAAGCUUUCAAAAACUUGACCAUCACUACAAAUUCAGUAGCGAAGCUGAUACGACAACUGCAACAGCGUGCCAUGUACCUACAAGCAGAUUUUGAGCGUAUAGAACGUAUACUCAGCGGUACGCAAACAGUUUCCUUAUAUGAUGCACUGAACAAUGCUGAACAUCUAAUCGAAAAUGUCGCCGAAUUCACGAAAGUGCUCGAAAGACGUUUGGUCUUCUUCAACGAAUCACGUAUGGAUCGUAAGAAAUACGAAGAGAAUAUUGAACAAAUUAAGAUCAUAACUAGAGAUACACGUUAUUCAUUGGAAAGACAGCAUUAUAUUAAUAUGGAAUCAUUACUCGAAGAUUUGCAGGUGUUAAGACGCAUUUUACUUCUUGCUCUGCGUGCUGUCUUCGAAAAAAUGGUGCGUGUUAUAGUACAGAGUAUUGAGCAGGGACGUUGUGAUUUGAUGUUGCGCGCCAAUAUCAAUAUGAUAGCUACUCUAAUGAAUAUCGAAUAUGAGGGUUUCGGUUCACUAACGGAUGCUUUCGUGCAAAAUGAAACAGUACGUACUUUACUCAUUGUAUGUUUGGAAAAUAAAUUGACAAAUGUCCGUGCUUUGGCUUUGCGUGCUUUGGCUACGAUUUGCUGUGCUCCAGCUGCCAUUGCACAGUUGGGUGCAUGCGGGGGAAUUGAGAUUUUACGUGAUAUUCUGCACGUACAAUAUGAAAGUGAGCAUGAAGUCAGCAUUGACGUUAGACAUGGUGACAUCGAACGUAGAGAGGCAGUUUCAUUAUUGACGCAAAUAACUGCUCCUUGGCAUGGCACUGAACAUUGUGUCGAUGGAUUAAAAGAUUGUGUGGAGACUAUUGUUGAAGGCUUGACGCAAUUAAUUGCUAAUACAAGUUGCAUACAAACAUUAUUGCUAUGUGCAGCAGCUUUGAAUAAUCUGAGUCGAAUUGAAAUCACUUCCCACUACUCAAUUAUGUCGAAUGAGGCUAUUUUUAAACUAAUCGAAACAGUACAAAAACUGGAUGAUGGUGUAUCAAUAUUUUUAUAUGAACAAAUCGUUGCCAUGCUUCACAAUAUGUCAUUGAACAAGAAAUGCCACAGUCAUUUGGCCAAUGGCAGCAUCAUAAAUUUCAUCACGUCCAUAUACCAAGUUGAAUUCUAUAAAAGCUACGAUUCACGUGCUGAAUGCGAUGCCCAGAGACGCACUAUAAAAAUGAUUUUGCAUACGCUUACACGUUUGGUACAUGACUCGAGCCUUGGCAUAGAAUUACUCGAGCAGCAGAGCAUACCAGCAUUUUUGAAGUUAGCAGUGGCAGCCACAGUCAGCACAAGUACCAAUGGCAAUAACAGCACCAACAAUAGCACCAAUGUUGAUUAUCAUAUACCGCUCGACUUUAGUCACAAUAGUCACAGUCGUGAUAUCUCUUUGCUAGCAAGACAAUUACAACUGGCGAAUAAGCAGGCAGAACAACUGCAGCAGGAUUUAAGUAGCAAUGAUGGAAGUACCAGUGGUGGAAGUACCAGUGGUGGAAGUGAUGCUGUUGUGGCUAGUGAAGCAACAGCCAAAACAAUAAGUGCAACCGGCAAGAGUACAGUGGUUAGCACUGGGCUUAAAUUAAAUUUAUCGAGACAGGAGAGUUUCGUUUGAUGUGGAAAAUUACGUGCUGAACAAAUUUCAGGCACAGAGCAAUGUCACAAAGGCAAUCUUUGCACGUUUACGGUUCUUGUUUCUGGUGCUACUGCUGAUGCUGCUGCUGCUGGUUGGGAGCUAACGUGUCCUUUGCGUAUUCAGGAUGAUAUGCAAUUACGCACCUAACAAAACAAAAUACUAUUCCUGCUAGUUAUUAUAUGAAAAAUUAUAAUUUAGAUUGGAAAAUGUAGCAAAUCCUUGUAGAUUUCUUUUUAGCAGCUUCUAUGCUUUUAUUUUGUAAAA